ACCUGUUUGAAGGUAGUAUCAGAUAUGCAUUGAGUUCAAAGGGCAGCAUCAAGCUCGUGUGGCUCAAUCUUUUUCUAUGAUUAAGUCGUGAGUAGUUCUUAGCUUCACAAAAUGCUGUACGUGUAGCUGCAGAUAAAAGAGGUCAGAUAUGUGUAAAUAGGUCAGAUAUGUUUUAACUGAAGCUGCUCGUGUAUAUUUAUACAACUGAGAAAUAGCUGACAGAGGCAGACAGGUAGGUGGUGUUGUGUCUCUGUAUAUUUCAGUGUAAACUAUUUUGUUGUGAAGUGUAGUUGCUACUAAUGUCCACCUUGAUGACAAUGUUUUUCUUGACGACUCUUAUCGGUCUUUGUGCCUAAUGAAGGAGAUAUGCCAUAGGACCGUUAGUUUUAUGAGAAGCCAAUGCCAAGUCCAACACAAAGACUUUGACACGUGAUGACUAGAAUGGUUUUCGUUUAUUUCUUCCUUCAUUGAUACUUAGCAGCACUUUGAUAAAUAUGUACUUAUGUGAGAUUGUGCAGCACGUGCUGACUACAGGUGCAAAUCGCCAACUUUGAAAUUAGAUUAUAAAUAAACCUCUGUGUUUCAGGCGCUGAAAUUCGCAAAAUAUUAUUUAUAUUAUCUCUGCCUACCAGAAUCCGUUUACAACUCGGACCGAUUGGGUAAUUCUUUAAAGAAAAUAUCCGUCAAUGUUUCGUCACCUGAUGUGACAUAAUACAAAUCCAGGUGUUAACUAUCGCUGAUGUAGAGUAACCUGAGGACUAGGAACACAGAAGACUGCAGGACACCACGAUGGCCCCAGACACAAAUAGAAAAUCGCUUGAUGAACAAGAACAUGGAGAAGGAGAGAGACACUCAGGUGAUGAUGUGGACUCUGGAUGGGCCUGGGUUGUGCUUGUUAGUGUCUUUUGUCUGAUGGCCUUAAUGGCCGGCUUUGAAAACACCCAAGGUCUGGUGUUUGUGGAGAUUGAAGAGAAGUUUAGGGUGUCAGCCUUAGUCACAUCCAUCAUCGGAGGCGCCUACUUCAUCGCCGUCAGCAUCUCAGUGAUUUUCGUCAUGAUGUUCGUGCUGGAAAUGAUGUCUGUGCGACAAUGCAUGCUUAUCGGCGUGGCACUGUACACCUCCGGGGUUGGGGUCAGCUCUGUUGUGAGGUCAUACCCAGGGCUAGUCGUGACCCUCGGGGUAAUAACUGGUGUUGGAGCUUCCUUCUUGUAUGGCCCUAGUUUCGUUUUGCUGGGGAGAUACUUUGACCGCCGCCUGUCCUUAGCUACAGCAGUGGCCAACACUGGGGUCAGCGUGGGGUCAAUUGUAAUACCUUUUGUGAUGCGCCUGUUGCUGGACCAGUUCUCCUUGUCCGGUGGUCUGCUGGUGAUGAGCGCUGUUCUCGCCAAUAUGUUUGUCUGCGCAUGUCUCUUGCGACCCUUCCCGGCAUCGCAUCGUGACGCUCAUUCUACUUGUCACCUUAGUGCCAGCAAAGAUGACAUGGUGUCUGAUCCUCUGUCGGAAAAUACAUCAGAAAAACUUCUCCACACUGAGAAUGAACUUUCAUCAACGCCAGAAAAACAUUGUCUUGGAGAGUUGAGUCCCCUGACUGUGGCUCAAAAACCAGGCACAUCGUCUCCUUUGUCUUGUGAUGACAAUGUUGUUCAGUUAGGAGACAGAGACAGCAUUUUAUUCUAUCCCCAUGAAGGUGUUUCCACAGUUUGUGGUCCAUGCGACAAGAAGACCAGAGUGUGGCUGUCAGCAGCCAGAAGGAGACUUGCACAAACAUUUGACAUCUCUGUCUUCAGGAGAUUGGCCUUCUGGGUGCUGGUGUUUCAUCAGUGGUUCGGAAUUCCGGCUGCAAGUCUUGCUCUUGUCUACUUACCUCCGCUUGCCUUGGAGAAGGGAUUUAGUGAAAGGGAGGCAACCUUCAUGGUGAUGGUGACCGGAGGCUGCGACAUCUUCAGCAGGAUUUUACCAGGAGUUAUCGCCAAUUUCAAACUGCUGCAGCCACACGAGAUGGUGAUAGCAAGUCAGAUGAUCCUGGGAAUCUUGUUUCAGUUCACUUCAUUGUUCAACACUCUUCCGGCCAUGGUGGCUUUCUCCGCUGUUCUGGGGACCUUCGGCGGUGUCUUCUUUUCCAUGAGGCAGAUGAUGAUCAUUGACUUCGUGGGCCUCCAACGAUUUCCGAUGGUCUUUGGAUUUAUCCAGCUUUUCAACGCCAUCUCAUUAGCUGUUGGAUUUUUAAUUGUCGGGUACAUGAAGGACACAACUGGAUCCUGUAUAAUGUCCUUUCACUACUUGGGUGCUACCCAGAUCGUUUCUUGUGGCAUCUUCUUGUCCUUCCCGCUGUUGAGUCGUUGUUGGCAACGGUGUGGGAGAGAAGCUGAAGGGGUCGUCUGAGACCGGUGUCAGCAGUGCAGGGGACAACCAGGACACUUAAUACCAGCAUACGUGUGUGGUUUAGUUUGGAUAGGGUGCUUUUGUCAAGAUGAAUACAGAAACAGAGCUGAGUCAACAAUUAGCCAAAAAAAAACCUUAUAAUUUCCAGAACAUCAGUUGCACACACCGCAUGUUAAUAUUUUCCUAUCAAAUUGUUGUACACACAGUUCACCACGUAUACUAUGUGCACGAGAAGGAGAACAAAGUUUUAAAUAAAAAAUACCCAUCAUCUCCUUUGUUGAUGUUGUCUGUUGACGUCUCCAUAGCUUCUGAUGUAAACAACAAAAGGACCGGAGUGUGGCUGUCAGCAGCCAGAAGGAGACUUGCACAAACAUUUGACAUUUCUGUCUUCAGGAGCUUGGCCUUCUGGGUGCUGGUGC